UAGGAGGGGCUGCAUUGCGGAGACAGACAGACACGCGCGCACACUCGCACCCAGACAAAAGCAAGGCAGAACAUUCUGCAAGCCUGCCUGACGCCCAGCUGCAGCAGAAGACGCUUUCGGCACAAAGAAGACCCUGUCAGCUGGGUUAGCAGCCACCAGAUCCGACCCUUCCUUAAAACAGGCGGAGAUGCUGGACACGGCGAACAGCCAGUACAACUCCUUUCUCUAUUGGAGGAUGCCCAUCCCGGAGCUCGACCUGGCGGAGCUGGAGGGGCUGGGGUUGACCGACGCGGCGCUCUACAAAGCCAAGGGAGGUGUGGGCAAGCGGUCCGGGGCCUGGAAACAGCCCAGGCAGGACAUCUCCGAGGAAGAGGACACUCUCCUGCAGUUCAACAGCUUCAAUUUCUGGCGCGCGCCGAUAGCCAGCGUUAGCGCGUUCGAUUUUGAUCUGGUCUGAUGCCAGUGGCCCAGGCACACGACCGGGUCUUUUUGGUUAGGUCUCUGUGUUGUCCUUUACUUUGAAAGUGGUUGCUGACGAUUCUGAUUAACGAGUCGCCCAGUGAUGACGCCUCCAAGGCUCACCGUCUGUGUUUCCCCAUCCACCCACCUUCUCUCUUCUCAAGGGUAUGUCGACAGUCAAUGCAGGCGUAGGCACACCUGAGCUAGCGUUACUCUAGCUGGCGUGGGUAACCAUCGCAGGGUAGAUGCGGCAGCCGGGCCAUUUGUCCCAUUUUAAGCUGGGCUGUGCUGUUUUUCUGUGGUUGGGCCUCUGUCCAGCACUGGGAUAAAACCAGACAUGGGUUUGUCCAGUAUCAGGCACAGAGGACACCAUGUUGAAGAGUGCGGCCCUCUGCCCCUGCCAGUGUGACUGGGGUCAGGGGCAGUGAAGCCUCCCCCAAAGUGGGGGGGCAGGGACCCCUACCCUCUCCGUGGCACCACCUCUGCCCCUCUUCUUAUCACCGAGACCCCACCCCUGGCCAAGCCAGAAGCGGGGCUGGGGAGCCCGGGCCCCUCCACUUACCUAGGGUACAGGGGGCUUGAGAGCAGCCCCUGACCCUUGUUCCCACCCCCUCCCCAAGCCCUCCACCCAGGGCAGGUGGAGGGUUCGCGGCUCCCCACAGCUGCCCAGGCUCCCGUUGCCGGUCUAGCCAGGGGGCGGGGCCUCGGGGGAAGAGGAGGGGCAGGGACAGGGCCCGUGGCAAAAAGUGGUCCCUGCCCUCCCCCGUUCCAGUGCCCCUGACUGGAGUGCUCUUCAACAUGGCAUCCGUAGGGUCAUGCCAAAGGGGCAGUGUCACACAGCUGAGGUCGGCCCCACGCCAUUCCCAGAAGUACUGAAACGUCUGGUAUUUCUGGGGAUGCAUCAGUGGCCCCCUUAACAUCUGGUGGCCCAGGCUAGCCACCCCGGUACUAGCCUGCCAGAGUCCCGGGGUGCCUAUUUGGGUUGCCAGCCCAUGCCCAAGUCCAUCUCACCCUUUUCUACACUGCUAUUGUUACUCACGCUGGCUAGACCAAAACGACCCGGGGCGUGCCGAGCCAUACUGCAGUCACACCUUCACGUGCCCGUGCUGAGCUCAGAAGUGUUGGAAGCCACAGUCAGUUUGUCUUGGUGUGAGCAGGCAUUGUGCGAUAGCUCUGACCGUACCUGUGCGACAACGUGCUAGAGAACCACCAAGUAGCGGUCGGAUUUGAGCUCAUUCCUAUUGUGUUUUAUUAAGAAACGUGGGUGCAAACAGAAGACCACCUCACCUAUCCAAAUUCUCCUCUUAGCUGAAGUCCGAUUGUAUUGCCCUGGGGAGGCGGACAUCCCUGCUUCUCUAACCCCCCCCUCCCAUUUUUCCAACCCGUGCUCAGUUCCCCCACCCUUUCCAUUUGGAUAUUCAAGGUUUCUCUGCCGGACAUCGCCAACAGGCCCUUUGUUCUGCUCAAUUCUGAUCAGGCGCAAGCAGGAGUGCUGCCAGCUUUUUUGCUGCCCUAGGCGGUGGAAGGUCCCGCCCCCGAAAUGCGGACGACGACCAGGGCGGCCGAAGAUCCGGCCACCGCGGUCGCCACCCCCCAAAUGUUAGUGCCCUAGGUGACCUAGGCGGUCGCUUAAUGGGUUGCGCUGGCCCUGGGCACAAGGCUCAUUUCUGAAAAGAAUCCCAGCUUGUCCGCCUUGUGUGUCCAAAACCGCAGAGCAAAGAGAAAACCAGCAGUGUGAGAGUUUUGCUAGGAACGUAGCUACAUUUUCAUUAGGAUGUAGAGAAAUGUCUGGGCCAGAGCCUCAGGAGGUAUUGAUGGAGCCGGUUUCCACCAGCCGUAGAUUUGGCUGCCUGACCCACUAAAACCAAAUACAGCCACCACAUCAGUUUUGCCUUAAAGACUUGGGGUUAAAUAUUGCUCGGGCUCCCAUCCCCUGAGAUUACUGCCACACUGAACAUGGGUUGCACGUGGGCUCUGAGGACCCGAUUCGGAUUGCCUCAUAGUGCCUCACGCCAUGAGCCGGGCAUUGGCCGUCUAAAGCCAGGGAGCAACACGUUACUCCGCAUGGGUGCGGCCAUCGGAGCCGGACCCUUACGGCCGCUCUUGCUGCCCGUAUCACAGGAGGGCCACCCUGCGAACCCUCUCGCUGGUGAUCAUCCGAUUCCCCCCCACUGAAAUAUUUUGGGGAUACGUCUGAGUAGCCACUUGCCAGUGGGAUGAAGACCUUGGCAGCCUGCUUACUGAGUCGUAAGUGGCUCUGUAUGUUACUCUAGUCGGGGCGGCUUUGAGCAGUAAGGCUCAGAGCCACAAGAAUCAUAGGACUGGAAGGGACCUAGAGAGGCCAUCUAGCCCAGUCCCCUGCUCUCGUGGAGUUUUCAGAUACUCAUGGAGUAGCAAGAGGAUUAGGCAUUGUGCUUUACCCACACUGGCUUCACGGGCAGCUGUGGGGUCCGUCGGCCCCGCCUUGCUACACCUGGCUGGCGUCAGGCUUGGAGCGAGGGGAGAGCCCGGCUCAGAUGAAAGCGGAUUGGGGAGGAGAGCGGCCGAGCCUUCCAGAGCCUCCCUAGGGAAAGGCAGGAGAGUUGUGAGACCAUGUUGGGAUCUAUGUCAGCCGUGAAUGACCUGCCCCUGCGUUAGUCUGCUGCAAGUGGUGCCCUGCCUGAAGGGGGCGACUGCUUGGGAAUCGACCUUUGGUUUCCUUACGCCCGACUGCUAGUGCUGACUUGUCCGGAGCCUAGAAACAACCUGACCGCAGCUGCCUAGCGCUUAUUGAUUUCAAUGGGGGUUAGGCACCUAAAUGCCUAGGAGGAUCUGGGCCUUAGGGGCUAUUUAGAGUGAGCAGCCCUCAGGUGAAGGGGUUAAAAAAAAAAAAAAGUUUUUCCUCCCCCAAGUGCAAAAGAAGUGUCUGCAAACAAGUGGUAGAAAAUCUGGGAGGUUUUUUUUAUGGCCACAUAAAUAAAAAAAAAGGCCUGUUGGCUGGAUUGUUCAUACCUGUGCUGACGCCAGGUAUGAGAAAUGUUAGUCCAAAAGGCAACAGGACAAGAGAGAUGGAAAAAGGCUGAAGAGGAGGGUUUGUGCUGAAGGGUAGCAUUGCUCCAAUGUACCUGCUGUUUAUGGUACACAGUGCUUCAAGGGAGGCUAGGAACGUCUAUUCUAUAUGGAGAUUAAUUGUAACAAAUCUAUGGCAACGUAGGACUUCACAGAGGUCACCAUGCUGCAUCCGGUGGUUGUUUGGAAUUUCAGAGUGAUAGAACUCAGAGCCACUGCUCCAGGCUUCUACAGUGUGAGCUCAGAGUGAAUUUCCUUUAGCAGCGACCAGUAUAGGGUCUAUGACCCACAGUGGAGCAGUUCUGAUUCCACCCACCAGAGGGCAGGGGUGCAGCUGCAUGCUAGCUCGUUCUUGAUGUUAUGAUGCUAGUCAGGAAAUUCGCAAUGUGCAGCAAUUCAAAGCCUUCCUGGAGCUUGCAGAGUAUGUGACAUGUAGAAGGGAACGAGGCAGCCCGAACUAGUAAACGGCUGGGAAAAAUGUAAAUUCCACAUACAGAGCAUGGCUAUUUCACCUUCCAAAAAUAGCCGGGCUGCUGACUAUAAGAUGCCGAUUUUAAACUGGAGGUGAAGAAUGUAAACUUUCCUUCACAGGCCUGUAUGGUUUUGUGUCCCAAGCCAAGAACCCAUGGAAACCAGGGGCGAGGUACUUAGAAUGAAACUUUAAAUAAAAUUCGUUUUAAAAAAAGUA